AUGGGAAUGGGGGCCGCGAGAGGGGGCGCAGGGGGCUGGCUCCCCGGCGAGCGGUGGCGGCGGGUCCUCUUCCUCGCGCUGGCGUCCGUCUCCUUCCUCAUCUCGCUCAUCCUCCUCUUCAUCUCCGCGCCGCGCCUCCGCCUCCCGAGCGCCGCCCUGCCUUACACCGCGGCUGCCGCUUCCGCCGUCCGCCGCGGGCCCGACGCGCCGCCCUGCCUCGCGUACCUCCUAACCGGCGCGCGCGGCGACGGGCGUCGCCUCCUCAGGCUCCUCCUCGCGGUCUACCACCCGCGCAACCGGUACGUGCUCCACCUCUCCGCCGACGCGCCCGACGACGAGCGCCUGACCCUCGCUGCCGGGGUCGCCGCCGCCGCGCCCGCUGUGGGAGCAUUCGAGAACGUUGCUAUUGUCGGCAAACCCACCGCCGGGACGCCCGUGGGGUCCUCCGGGCUCGCCGGCACGCUCCGCGCUGCGGCCGUGCUGCUCCGGCUCCACGCUGAUUGGGACUGGUUCCUCACGCUCAAUGCCGCAGACUACCCCCUUGUCACACAGGAUGACCUGAUUCAUGUCCUUUCUUCUGUUCCAAGGGAUCUUAACUUCAUUGACCACACCGGUGACAUUGGAUCAAAAGAACCUGAGAAAGUGCAACAAAUUAUAGUUGAUGCUGGAAUUUACUUGUCAGGGAGGACCAACUUCUUCCGAGGAACACAGAAACGACCAGCUCCUGAGGCUUUUAAGUUCUUUACAGGCAUUUCUUGCUCUCUGUCCCUGGAAGGAUAUUUCCAGUCAGUCAUCUGCAACUCACUGGACUUCCGCAAUUUCACUGUGAACAACGACUUGAGGUUCGUGGUGCGGGAUGAUUCCGCUCAGACAAAGCCCCUUUUCCUGAGCAGAGAACAUUACGGCCACAUGGUGGAUAGUGGGGCGCCUUUUGCAAGGCCGUUUCAGGAGAAUGAUCCUCUGCUGGACCAGAUUGACAGCAACAUACUCAAGCGUUGGAGCCAUGGACCAGUUCCUGGUGCCUGGUGCACAGGUAGGAAGAGGUGGUUCAGUGAUCCAUGUUCCCAGUGGGGCAAUGUGAAUAUUGUGAGACCAGGCCCUCAAGCAGUGAUGUUACACCAGUAUGUAAAUCGGACCUUAGAAGAAGCAAAGUCUAGCAGCAACUCAUGCAGGCGGUAG